AUGACCGACUAUGCAAAGUUUGAGGAGAUAGAUCUUACAGUGGAGGAAGUACUCAAUUGUUCUUUCUCCAAAUGGGCUCCCUUAUUCCCUAAAAAUGUGUUUCCCUAUAAGAUAAUAGCACCAUUGCCCGAUGGGUUCAUUGAUUAUGUGCAAAGAGAUGGGAUUAAACUACCAUCUGCUAAAACAAACAAGAUUGUUCUCGAACAGAAUAGCGAUAACGAAUAUAGUGAUUGGGAGGAUGUGGAGGAUAUAGAGAAUGAUACUGGUGAAGUAGAGGAAAUGCACAGUGAAUUUCAAGAGAACCAUAAGGAAAAAGAGGUACUUGAAGCGAGCGGUCAUUUUCCUCAGCUAAACCAAGAGAUUACACAGAGUAUAGCUGAGCUAGGUGGAAAAGUUAUUCCCAAACUUAAUUGGUCAAGUCCCAAGGAUGCAAGUUGGUUAAUGCCAGGGAAUGUGAUCAAAUGUACAGAGGUGGAUGAUGUACUUUUAUUGUUAAAAUCGUCUGAUCAUGUAAUUGAUGAUUUGGCUUAUCCGUUUCUGGAAGUUUCCCAACUUCCUGAAGAUGAAACUAGAAAAAACGGGCAAGAUAGGAUAAAAGUGGAUUACGAAUUGGUAUUGAAGCAAUGGAGAGAUUUGAACCCAGCAUUGGAAUUUCGAGUUUUCGUUAAGGAGGGCAAAAUAUUGGGUAUUUCUCAGCGUGAUUUGAACCACUAUGACUUUUUGAAAGAAUUAGAGCCACAGCUAAAGGAGAAUAUACAACUGUUUGUAACUGAUAAGGUUGUCAACAAGUUGAAUGCGUCGUUACCCAAUUUGACCAAAUUUAUAGUGGAUGUUUAUGUUCCUCGACCCUUUGACAAGAUCUACAUCAUUGAUAUCAAUCCCUUCCUGAGAAAAUCCGAUUCGUUGUUAUUUACAUGGAAUGAAUUGCUAACUGCGGAUCCAGAUAGUGAUACUGUUCCAUUCAGAUUGAUUAACGAGACCAAUGUUGGCGCAUUUGCUAAGAAGCAAUAUAGUGAAAGUCAGGUCCCUCUCGAUGUUAUAGGUGCGGCCCAGGACCAUGAGGCAUUGAUUGAGUUAGCCAAAGAAUGGGAGAAGUUACAGUCGAAGGAGGCAGAGGAAGAAGAUGAGGCCGUGGUGGUAGAUGGUGUGAUUGAGGAAAAGUAG